CAUCCCGUCUCAUCUCGUUUGUCGCUCUCCAACCAACUAGUCCGAGUGUACUCUCUCUUCGGAGAACUGCCCGCCGAAGUCACGGCCAUGGAAGAAGACAACAUAAUAAUGCCCGUUUGACCCACGGAGCUCGUCCAAGAUGCCAGGCCUUCUGUCCAGUCCUGUUUGUCUCAUAGUCAUCUGGAUUUUGUCUUGGUCACUGCCUCCCAGCCGUGCUCAGAUUUGGAGUGAUGAAGUGUCGGACGUGCAGUUUGGGCGUUUGGAGUCGAAUGUGACACUGGCAUGUGGGAAGUCACAAAUCAGUUUCCCUGUGGUGUGGCAUCACAACCAUAGCUCCGUGUUGUCCUGGCACCAAGUGACAUUGAACGGAAGUUUAGUCCUGUUUCUCGUCGACCAAACAGCACAGGGCAACUACAGCUGCUAUGACAAGAGCGGGCUCCUCCUCCACUCGGUCAGACUCCGACUGGGCUAUCCCCCUGGGCUGCUCAGCAUUUCCUGUCGUGUACCCAAUCACACACUUGUUCGCUGCUCCUGGAGGGACUCUGUGAAAACUUUCCUGCCAGCCAAGUACAACACCUCCUUCAGAGGGAAGGAAGAAAAGGAGCCAACCAAAUUGUGUAUCGUGGACUCCACCAACAGGCACUGUGAUGUACAAGAUCCCGCAUUCUGGCAGACUAUCCACAUAUUUGGAGUCACAGAGACAAACGCUCUUGGGACCCAGACAUCUUACCACAAAAUCAGAUUAGAUGAGCUUUUGAAACCAGACCCUCCACGGUCUGUGUUCAUACAGGAAGUGGAAGGGAAUCCAUCAAAGUUAUGGGUUUCAUGGAAGAAUCCAUCGUCUUGGCCAGAGCACCUUUUGUUUCCCCUGAAAUUUCAUAUUCGAUACAGACCACAGGGAUCCAUGCAUUGGUCAGAGAUGAUGACCGAACAGAAUUCAAUUGAAAUACCUGACGCCACAGCACACCACGCCAACCAGGUGCAGGUUCGAGCCCGCGACGACGUCAACCCGGAGAGCCAGUGGAGUGAAUGGAGUGCCCUGAGUUUCCAUACACCCUGGCAAGCCGACACCACCACUCACCUUUCAGAUGACCCAGACUAUAUCUUCAGCACAUCGCCUGAAACUUUCACCGCCAAAACCCACGGUGUUGUACAUGAGGAUGAUGGUAAUUUGGGUCUGGUGAUCCUCUUGGUUUUGUUCUCCAUCUUCAUACUUACCACUGUCCUUUCCCUGGUUUUUGUCAUAUGGAUGAGGCAGAAAAGGCGGGAACAUGCAACCAAACAAGAACUCGCCUCUAUGGUCAAGAUGAAAUCUAUGCCAAUCUAAUGAGACACUUACCUGGCGGCAUUUCUUGUGUCAAGGUUAGUUUGAAGUGUCCAAAACCUGCCAGCUUCAGCAGUGAGUAAACAUCUUCUCCACACCACUGUGACAUGCUGACCAUCCACAUUUCAGCUGAAAUUAUGAACAGAGCAUUACUCCAUCCAACUUCCAGGACAACAGGGACAAGAGUGGAAUGGAGAAUUUUUCGGUAUUUACCACAUGACUGCAGGGGAAAGUUUUGGAAGCCUCGCUGGACUUAUUCAGUGGCAUCCAAUUAACUGCACUACCCAUAAUGCAUUACAGAGUCGUCAGGAGAAACCUGAGACCAAACUCUGCUUACUUAAGCCACGAUAAAUCCUCGGAGGAAUGAAAAAUAACACACCACCACAACAAUUCUACUUUCACAACCAAUGCUGCUUCAGGUGGACUGACUCUUUGUGCCUUCUGAACAUUUUUUUUUUCAACAAAAUAGGACAAGAAAUUCAGCUGCCAAACACAAAGAAAUAGGAGUUUAUUGUGGAACUGCUUCGCUCUUUCUCCCUAAACAGAACAUUUCCAUUUCAUUCAUUUAUUUUCUGAGUCUCUCUGGAUGAAUAAACACAAUCAUUCUUACUUUGACUGACUCAAUGCUGUGAAGGAAGCAGAAGCUCUGCCAGUCUGUGUGAGUGUAUCUGACGCCAAAGCAGCAACAAUGGGCAUUACAGCCUCUGCUGGAGGGGGGUGGGAGGUGAAGGGGAGAUUAGAAAACAAUUUGUAACCUGCGUUGGACCUGAGGGACAUCAUGGGUUUUGGAGAAUGAGGGCCACGGAGGAAAUGUUGGGUAGUAAGGACUUUAUCUGGUUUAUAAUGAACGUUUUUAUGUUGCAUGAUACCAUGAUAUGUUGCAUGAAUGGUUUUACGUUGCAUGACCCCAUUAUGUUGUCUGUCACUUAAAGUACAUGUAUUUUCUUGUUCAUUUAUGCCUUUUAUCCAUCCAUGGACAAUUUGUAUUUAUGUGACUGAAAGAUUGAGAAGGAAAAGAGGAGAGACUGGCCGUUCACAAAUCACCAGCAUUAAGACGUCACUUACUUAGUCAUAUAUAAAAGAUCUUAGAAAGUUUUCGAUAGACAAUUAAAUUCCAUCACCGUCCAUCACAAGUUGAACCCAUUGAAAUUUAAUUGAAAAAUCAAUGGAAAAUUACAUUAAAACGUACAAAAAUAUUCGCUUUUUGCAGACAAUUUGCAAAUAUAGCAAGAAAUGUAUAGUAUAAUAAAUAUCAAGACUUUUUUUAAACUGUACUGAAACCAGAACAUGACGUUAAAAUGGUCUCUGCAGUGUGAGACUUCCUCAACUGUUUGGUUCAUCAUCAUGGUGGCAACCUGUUUCAGUGUCGCAUGAAGGAGGCCUGCAUUGGUAACCUUGUUCAUGAUAUGUGGGCAUUAUGCACCGCAGUUAGUUUGAUCAUCAGAACUUGAGACACUGAACUACAAGCUAAUUCUACUAAGACUGAAGAACUCAAGUAAGUCAUUACUUUGCAGAGCAGCUUCCAUUCACACAAAAGUUCUCCUGGUUGCAACCAUUAGGAUGGUUUUGAACUGGGCGUCAAACAAGGUUCCACAGCUGUGGAGAAGUGCACACAACUCCAAAUUGUGCAUAUACUCCUUGUGCAAAAAGUUUUGUUUUUCUUCUUCCAGUUCAGAAUGUAAAACAAUAAAUAAAUACCCAUCAGGCUACCAGAAGCCGCUUCAUCGUUGUACAAAAGUAAAUGGAGUACCAGAUACUUUAACUUCUCUCAUUUCAUAUAUAUUGAUCUGUUGAGAUCUCAAGGCAUAUGUGCUGUCAUAGCAUUAUCCAAAGCGGCAUGGUUUACAACACCCACCAUUUUUUUAAUAGGAAUCUGAUGAAUCUAAGAGGAAAUUCCUGCUAGUCUUUGUGUCACAUUUCUUAAUCAGACUGCAAUUCUAAUACAGGCAAAGUUGCUGCUCACUAUCCUCAAUGUUACAAACUGCAUCAUAUUCUGCUGACCAGAGUAUUUUUUAGAUUGUACAAAGCCUGAAAGAAGGUUAUGUGAUGGAUCAGGAGGUGGAUCGAUUCACCACCUUUGAGAAAGCAUAUUGACCACAGAAGAAAAGCUUGAUUCAAAAGAGGCUGGCGAUGCGUAGGGGGAAGGAGGAAAACUAAGCAGAAGCCAAUACGGUUAAUACAAAAUUAUUACAUGCAAGCACUACAUAAACAAUUGUGGUGGCACCGUCUCCAAUAUAAGGCUGAAACAGAAAGUUUAGGUGCAGAAACCUCAGAUACAGAGAAGUGAAAGAGACAGAGAUUAAAUAAAUUGUGCUAAAAUAAUUGGCCUCCCAAUGAAAUGUGAUAUCUGAGAAGGAUUUGGCCCGACCCAGUCUGAAUGAGGGUUUUAGAAACCAUGAGAUGGUUCUAACCCCGUAUGAAGGAGCCUUACAAAAUCCUGGGAGUCGUUAUUAAAGACUUUAUUAAAGAAAAAGAUAUUCUAAAGAAAAAGGUAACAGUUAUCAAUGUCAUAUAGAAAGAGAAGAAAGUUUAACAUCCUAUGCGAAAUAAUUUUUUUUUGCCUAUGUAUGUUGAUAGUUGAUUAUAAAAUAAAAUUAUCAGACAUAUAAUGCCCAUUUUAUAGUAAAACUGAGAUGAAAGCAUCUUCCUUAGAAGUCCACUAAAGAGCUAUGUCAAAGUCUGACACAUAUAGUCAUAGUUUCUGCUGUUUAACACCUUCCUUCAACUCCAGAGGAUGCAGAAAGUUUGCAUAUAGCAGAUCAUAUUAGUAGGAUCCAAAUAUUUGCAUUGCAACUCAUUUCUAUUGUCAACAUGGGGCUCCUUUUACUUCAAGGAGGUGGCUUGUGGACAGUUACGACGGAUGUUAGCAUGUGGUUUUGAACACCACUGUAAAUGAAUGGGUUUUGGUAUGCUGAAGACAUUGAGCACUUUUUGAGGAACAAAGUAAAGGCUGGGAUCGGGUGAGAAGAUUCACUUCAACUGCAUUAAGUUGGUUGCCUUUUGAGGAUUGCACAGCUUUGUCACAUUGAUAAUUAACCAUCAACUUGUCAGUGAACGUUUAUAUAACUGAAUGUGCACAAGAUAAACUGACAAGGGUUGCUUUCACUCUACACACCAACUCACAAAAAUGUUAAAGUUCUGAAAUACCUCUUUUACAGCUUUUUCAUUUACUUCCUCCUUCAAUGUUUUGGUUUCUUUCUUCUUUGAUUUUAUUUUGCAAAUGUAAAGGUUUUUUUUGUUUAGUUUUAGAAACACAAGGGUGCAUCUAAGUCAAAUUGUUUGACGACUAUAAGUUUUCUAAAGCUAACUUCAUAUAUAUUUUUUGCAUGGAUUCCAGCAAAGCUUACCUGUAUAUUAUCACUGUAUAUCACAGAUAAUGGAUGUUAAAGUGUAUGUGGUGUUUAUAAACCUGUUCAUAGGGGUAGGUUUGCAGACAUGGUUUGCUCAGUCACAAAUUAACAAAUAUUUGAGAGAAUUAGUGAAAAGAUUUUGACUGUGACAUUUGAACUCUCAAAAGGGAAUGCUGUUGGGACAGUGCCUUGCAAGAGUAUUUUUAUAUAAUAAUUCGAACACAUGAAUAUGCUUCCAAUUUAUCUUCACUUAAAUGUCGCCGUAACUCAAAUCAUCCAAGUAUCUUCAGAGUCUUCAGUAGCAGCUAGUAUUGCAAUAAAUCUGAAAAGGCCUUUGAUUGAAGACUGUCUCUGUAUGACAUGUGGAUUAAUAUCUGGGCAGGAGAGGCGAUAUUCCAUAGUACCAUGUGGAAUAUUUGUUGUUGACAAGAGUUGUUAAUCCACCUCAUUUACUUUUACUGCUCCAGGAUUGUCCAGUAUGUAGUUCCAUCUAUCUUCUCUAUGUUUGGCUGUCCUUGCUGAAAAAAAAAAUAAGCAAACAUCCUCACAUCAUGCUACAGCCAUUACCAUGUCUCUCCAUGGGGUAUUUUGCAUGCAGGCCAGGAAGCUUAAUUUUGAUCUCAUCUGACCAUAUAAACCUUUUGACAUAAAAUGUAUUAAUGUUUCAUUAGUGAAUAUCUCUGCAAAGCACUGUAAAUCAAUACAAAUAACACAUAGUUUGAGUUUAGAACUAGCACUACUGGCUGAGUAUAAUUCAUGUCUGCAGAACCUUUCCUGCAAUAUGUAUUUGUGUCUUUGACCCCAGUUACAUGAAGCUGUGUUGCUGUACACUUACUGUAUGGAUAGUGAAUCAGUUUUAUUCUGACAUACUUAAUUCUUGGACUCAUUUUAUUUCUUUCCUGUCAAGUGAACCAUAGAUUUUCUCUCUGACCUCUUCCCUUAAAUUUUUUGUCAAUAUUCAAUGUUUUUUUUUUUUUUUUUAAACAUAAUAUGGAUCAAACUGGAGUUGGAAGAUGGCACAAUUUGCUCAAUGAAAAUCAGAUAGACUAUACAACUAAUUUUGUGGUUCUGAAAAAAUGUCCGAUUUGCAGAUUGGAGCUGAAACAUUCUCAUUAUCAUUGUCAUUUAUUUCCCUUGGGUUGAGGUUGACAGCUACUUGCUUUGUUUCUGCAUCGUGAGCAUCUAUGGAUGUAUUUCUGUUUCACUUUGGUGGUGUUUCCUCUGGUUCUGUGGACAGAAUUCUUUCAUUAUCCCUCUGCAGUGUGAUACUGUAUGGAGCCUGUUGUUUUUUAAUCUUACAAGCUCAGUACACUCAGGCAUCCUCGCUCAGAUGUAAAUAGUUUUUUUUUUUUUUUUUUUUUUUUUUUCUUGCAAUAUGUGUACAACACAUAUUAUCAUAAGCUGUUUUUCUUCCUGUACUGGUAUGUUUCUGUGAAAUAAAUACUAUUUUACCACA